AUGCUGAACGAAAUUGUGCUGCUUGCUUUCCUUGGGGACAACGUUGUGUGUCCGAUAUGCCUCGAUGUGUUCAGAGACCCCGUCACCACAGCCUGCGGACACAACUUCUGCAUGGACUGUUUGCAGGAUUACUGGGACCACCAAGCCGUGAUCGGGGAUUGCCCCUACUGCCCUCAGUGCCGUGAGCCUUUCAGUUCGAGGCCUCAACUGCGCAAAAACAUAACCCUGGGAGAAAUCGCCACGAGGGUCGCACGGGAAGAGGCCCAAGGGUCAAGGAAGCUGGUAGGUCAGAGGGAUGUUCUGUGUGACUUCUGCUCCCCCAGGAAGAUGAAGGCUGUCAAGUCCUGCCUGCAAUGCAUGGCUGCCUUGUGCGAAAACCACAUCCGUUCCCACUAUGAAGACAAGGCCUUCAAGAACCAUCAGCUGAUAAAACCUCUCAAUGACCUGAAGGCUAAUAUGUGCUUGAAACAUCACAAACUGCUAGAGCUGUUCUGCAGAAUCGAAGGCAAAUUCAUCUGCCACAAUCUGUGUUCGGGAAGACACAAGAAUCAUGACGCCUCAUCUUUGAAGGACGACAGGGCCAAGAAAGAAGUCGAAGUCAGGAGAGUACAGGCCAAUGUGGAAAACCAAGUCUUGAUGUUGGCAGCAGACAGUCAGCAACACAGGGGCAGAGUGAACUACCUUGCGAAAGUAGUGAAGACGGCCCGAGAUGAAGUGAAUAGGGCCUUUGCCGAGGCAAUGAAAGAGCUCAAGCGACUGCAGAACAAGGUGAUGGACUUUAUAGAUGAAGAAGAAAGAUCGGCCUUAGUUGGAAUGGGGAAUUCCAUUCAGCACAGUCAAGAGCAGCUGACUGAUCUCCAGAAGCAGAAUUGCUGGCUGAAAGCUCUCAUGGAGGACCCAAGUGACCAUCAGUUUCUGCAGGUAAUGUCGGGUUGCACAGAAGCUUUGAUUGGACUGAAGUGUGAGGAGCCCACCAGUUUCGUAGCACUUAAACAGACACUGAGUGACUUGAAAUCCCAAGUAUCCAUGUUCGGACUCUGCUUCAUCAACAAAGUCCUUCAAAAAGGGAUCACAAUGGUGCCUUAUGAAGUGAUACCAGCUCCCACGGAUCGGAAGAGUCUCAGAAAGUAUUACUGUCUGCUGAAUUUUGAUGCUAGCACUGCCAACGAAGAACUCUUCCUGUUUAAGGAGACCCACUCGGUGCUGAACAUGGGAAUCUUGUUGGAGAACUACUCAAAACCCAGCCAAGGAUUCAACCACUGGCCACAGCUUUUGUGCACCCGCAGCCUAUGUGAGGGCUGCCAUUACUGGGAAGCUGAGAUUUCAAACGCAUGGCUGUGUUUGGGAGUCACCUACAGUUACAAGCAUAGAACUGAGAAAGCUUGCAUGUUGUACCUGCUUGGCAGGAAUAGCAAUUCAUGGUGCUUGGAGUGGGACUCACUGAAGUACUCUGUGUGGCACAACAAUACUCAGACCGUGGUGCAUGGCAGCUACUAUAAGACAAUUGGAGUCUUACUAAACUAUGCUGCUGGCUCCCUGACUUUCUACGGCAUCACCAACACCAUGAACCUCAUUUACCGUUUCCUCACCAUAUUCACCGAACCUCUUUACCCAGCUGCUAUGGUAAGCAGCGGGGCCUCUAUUACUUUGAAACAGCACCCAGACUAGAGAGGCCACA